AUGGCAGCAGCAGAGACAGCAUCGGCUGUGGCUGUCGAUCAGAUUACAACAACAGCAGCAGCAGCAGCAGCAGUGGAUAAACAAUCAAAUGGAGAUGAUGCUCAGAAGAAGAACAGAAUCCAAGUGUCCAACACCAAGAAGCCCCUCUUCUUCUAUGUCAAUCUUGCCAAGAGAUACUUGCAACAGCACAAAGAGAUUCAGCUUUCAGCCUUGGGCAUGGCCAUCACAACAGUGGUCACGAUAGCUGAGAUCUUGAAGAACAAUGGAUUUGUCAGCGAGAAGAGCAUCUUGACCUCAACGGUUGGCAUGAAGGACGAGACCAAGGGUCGCAUUAUUCAAAAAGCCCGGAUCGAGAUUGUGCUGGAGAAGUCGGAAAACUUCAACUCGCUAAUGAACAACAAAGGCGAAAAGAAGCAGCAGCAGCUGUGAUCGAUCGAUUAUCUCUUCUUCCAAUGAUCAUCCAAUGUUGUCCAUUGCAAUUCUUAUUCUUCUGAUGUUAAAGUCUGAAAUUAAAAAACAAAGGAACAAAAAAGAUGAGAAAAAAGUUCGAUUCUGAAAUCGAUUUUCAUAUAAUGUGACUGGUGAAAUUUUCAUAUCUUGUCGCCUGUGGGAUUCUUUCUUGGAGAAAUUCAAGGCGAUCAAACGUAAUGAGACCUGAAUUCAUAUACAUGU